AUGCUCCUCCAUCCUGUUUACAGGAUACUCGCUGCGGCCCUCCUGCUAGUCGCGUUCUGUGCGGCCAGCAGCGAUACCUCCGAUCGAAAGAAUGCCGCUCUUUGGGAUAUGGUCCCUGAUUGCGCUCGAAAUUGCACAGAAAACUUCAUUCAAACCGAGUACACGACGGCGGAGUGCAGUGACAAAUCGAAUAUCAAGUGUUUGUGUCGUUCGGGAACACCCAGCAAUCUUACCAUUGGGGAAGCAGCCUUGACCUGUGUAUAUGCUUUAUGCUCGGAGAAGAUUAAGAAAAGCACAGAGGUUUAUCAUAUUUGCGACUCGGUGUCAGGGCAUCUGGCUGAGACACAUGCCACUCUCACUGCAACUACGUUUGCCCCUGCGUCCUCGACGACGACAUCGACAACGGCCGAGGUGACCACCAGCUCGACUACAAAGAAGCACACGGUAGAGUCUACUAUUGAAUCUGAGACGUCCACAUCCACAUCUACAACUUCGACGUCGAUAAAGUCUGACCCAGCGGCCGAGAUUACUUCCUACCAUCCAUCGACCUCUGCGUCCGAAGUAUUGCCCUAUACUAGCUCUGACACAUCUACCACAACACCGACAAAUUCCUCAACAUCCGCGACUGGCAAAAGCGAUAGCCAUCAUGUCAGCCCAGGAACUGUUAUUGGUGUCUCUGUUGUAUCUGGUGUGGCCGGCUGCUUCAUAAUAGGGGUUGCUGUAUUCUUCUGCGCAAAGAGGUGGAGGAAGAAGAACCAAAUAGAUUUUGAAAUUGGGGGAGAUAUGUCUGAGCCCUCUGGUUUCUCGGAGCCAUCAUAUUCCCGAGGGCCUUCGCCAAAUUUGAAUCCAGGCCCUUCGGGUCUGAACACUAUGCGAAGUCCGCUGGAAAUGUCUCAAGUGUCACUGCCAUCGCGUUCUUUGCAGUCAACUCCAUACCCUCAGAAUUCCACCGCACCGGGCAUUCGUCUGGUGGAAACACCUCGGGAUGAACAAAAUCAGCGAAUAGGUUGUGCAAUUACCUCCGAAUCGGAUUGGGAAGGCUCACCCCGGACAGUGGAUUCACAACAUACACUGGCAGAGCUGCUACCAAGUCCAAGCGCCGGCUUAGUUCCCAAACCACUGAGAUUGUGGUAUCGACCAGCUAGUACAGGGACCGUAUUUGAAGAGGACGAAAAUCAUGCCAUAGCAGAGAAGAGUCUACCUCCUCUGCCCAGUACAAGGAGGUAUCAGAAAUCAAAACAAUCACCGGUGAUUCUGGGCCUCCCAUCCAAUCCUCGAGCUCCAAAAGAGGGAUUUCCAGCAUCGAAGUUCCGACGUGUCCAACCCCAACAGUCAAGCCCGAUACAAACAUAUUCACCCCGCGAAAAACCAGCAGGUCCUCGCGCCCUAGGACCACCUUUCUACGCCACUCAAAAUCGCCGGUCAAUAAUCUCAAACAGCAGCAGUGGGCAAAAUGAUAGCUCUGGAUUAUCAGACUAUACAUCCAACACCUACCUCACAACCCCACCUUUCAGUACUGCGCAGGGCCGCAUCCUCACUGGCACCUCCCAACGAAAACCUCAUCCACCUACCCAAAUCUCACCAUCACCCAGCACCUUAGCCCCAGCACCAGACAUUGUGUCUCGACCACGGAUCGUCCGCGGAGAAGAUAUCAAGCGCAUCCCACCUGGCGAACGGCCACCUAGCGAAGUCGUUGUCCCAUACUGCCCAGAAGACUUUUGGCUCGAACGCGGUCGAGGCCCCUCUCGCUCUGUCUCCACUGAACUUCCAUAUCCAUCGGAUAUGUUCCCGGGCGUGGUCCUAUAUCCAGAUAGCCCGAAGAAACGACCUGAAGAUGACCCGAAGAGGAUAUCGCCUACAAGCAGGAAUUUAACCCCCUCCAGAAGAGGUGAUGAUCUGAUCCUCAGUGUAGAUUAG